CACGAUGUUCGAUGUUCGGCUGCAAGAUCGUUCCGCUCCGGCGCCAGAUGUACGAUCUCCGGAGCGCCUCAGCAACGUCAUUAAACUCACGUACAACGGCGCGUGUCCUGGCGUCGGAUCUAUUGUAGGCCGUGGUAAGCACCUUUUCACUGUCUUCGCGCAUAUAGCCAUUCCCCUGGUUCGAAGAGUGCCUCUCUUCUACAGCUUUCGCUUCGCUCCCUCCCCGAAUAUCCCAGCACAGCACGAUGGCCGCAGAAAUACCACAGGAUGCCGGCAAGGCCGAGCAUCUGGUAGUGAUGAUACAUGGCCUAUGGGGUAAUCCUGUACAUCUCAGCCAUCUCCGAGAUACUCUCGUCACACAGCAUGCUGAGGAAGGACUCUAUAUACUCAUACCAAAGAGUAAUCGGGACAACUUCACCUACGACGGCAUCGAGGUCGGAGCUGAGAGGAUCACACAUGAAAUUGAGGAAAAGAUCAAGUCGAUCACGGAGGCAGGAGGCAAACUGAGCAAGAUCAGCGUAGCAGGAUAUAGUCUGGGCGGUCUCAUUGCCCGAUAUGUGGUCGGCCUGUUAUACACGAAUGGCGUCUUCGAUGAGUUGCGACCGAUGAACUUCACGACCUUCGCCACACCGCAUUUGGGAGUUCGAACACCAAGGCUAGGCUACCGAGCGCAGACCUGGAACUUCUUGGGAAGUCGCACCUUGAGCACGAGCGGACAGCAAAUGUUCCUCGUGGACAACUUUCGAAAUACCGGCAAGCCACUACUUAGCGUUCUGGCAGAGCCAAACAGCAUCUUCGUCCGCGGACUAAACAUGUUCCAGCGGAAGAGUAUCUACGCGAACACAAUCAACGACCGCAGCGUGCCUUUCUAUACUAGCGGUAUCAGCCGGGUAGACCCAUACGUUGACUUGGAUGCGGUGGAACUGCAUCCACUGCCGGACCAAGACCAGCCAGUCGUGCUUGAUCCGGACAAUCCAGUCACGCCUCGCAAAACUCCGACCACCAAAGCGCUGACGUUACGAGAACGGUACGAUAAAGCGCGAGAAGCACUACCUUUCUACGCCUUCCUCUUCACCUUCAUACCCAUCGCGAUCCCACUCUUCAUGGUGAAUGCUGGCUACCAAACAUAUCAAAGUUCGCGCAGGGUCGCGCUUCACGAGAAGGGCGGCCUGAUAGACCUGAAACGCUAUCGCAUCCCUCUCCUAGAAGAAGCACAAGCAGUACAAGAUAAAGUCAUCGAGCGACUAGCUGGCGAGGAAACGCAUAUGAAUGAAGUGAACCAGACCGGCUACCUUCCUACGCCGCCUCCCGAGCCUGCAGUCUCGCAUUCUACGAGCACGAGUAAGCUCGCGCAGACGCAGCAGGAGAGCGGUGUAUCGCCUUGGCCGUCCCUGGCUUUGACAGACGAGCAGUUCGCUAUGAUCGAUAAUCUUGAUGCGCAUGUCGGGUUGGUAAAGUAUCCAGUGCAUAUCCAGAAGGUACGGCACACGCAUGCAGCGAUCGUGAUGCGGAUACAGAAGGAGCAAUUCGAUGAGGGGAGGGCGGUUAGUGCGCAUUGGGCGAAACAUUUCGUAACAUGAUGUUGAGCAGAGCUUUGUUGUUCAGCAGCGUGGGUGAGGAGUUAUUGCAUGCCGAGCAUUUGAAGCGUGAUGUGCAGAUAGUGGGUAGUCAGGAUGUAAAAACCUACGGCUGCGAGCGUUGGGCGAUCAAUUACUGCCUUACCUUAUGACUGAGUCCGAAACGACGGGA